AACAGAAGUGUCUCUGAUAGGAAAUUUUUUUGACGUAGUUUAGUUGCAAAAUUUAGAUUUUUUAGUUUUUGUAAAAAAUAAUAAUAAAAAUGUCCGGGGGCGUGUGGUUUGUUGUAUGCAUUCCGACCGAACAUUAUGAAAAGGAACUUAAAUACCCUCCAGAAGAAGAGACAAAAGAAAGUCAAGAAAACAAUCGCCCAAAUGGCCUCAUACAAGUGGACAUUCACAACGAAGAAAACAAUGCAAAAAACAAAGAAAAUGGGAAUGACCCCAGCAAGCCAAAGAUCACUCCACCUACACCUAAAUCAGAAAGGAAAGAAAAGAAAGAAUUCGACGACGGUGAAAAAUCUCUCGAAUGGCAUUUGAAGGAUUGCCUCGACAAGCUCGCCAUCUACGACGCCGUAUGGAUCCUCUCCAAAGAAGAGACCUUCUACCAGGUCUUCUUUCCGUGCGAAGGUCCCGGCAUGGAGUGCGACUUCGUCCUGCAGUCCAUACAGAACAGGGGCAUAGGAGCGAAAGGACUAUCCACAGUAGGAAUUAUGCCCUGCGAUGUAUUUUACCGGGAUUAUGGCGAAGAUGAAGGAGUGGAAGGAGAAGACGAAGAAAACGAAGGAGGAGAGGAACAAGCUACAGAGAAGAAACAGAAAGGUUUUAAAGCGAUGCAGAAAGAAUUUCUGAAAUCUGUUACAGCUCGUUUAACUGUUGCUCAGGUAGUCGAGAAGGUUAGAAGUGAUGGUUCCUUGUCGUUUGAUUUCGUCAUGUUUGUCUUCAUUGCCAGUUGUAUUGCUGCUCUAGGCCUCAGCGAAAACAGUGCCAUUAUAAUCGUAGCUGCUAUGCUUAUUUCACCAAUCAUGGGUCCAAUCAUGGCCUUCACAUUUGGGUUGACGAUUCGAGAUAAAAAAUUAAUCAAGAUGGCGAUGCGAACGGAACUCAUAGGACUUUCUGUCUGUUUAACGGCAGGUUUUCUUUACGGCUUCAUCUGCGGAAAUUUCAGCGAAACGUGGGGCGCUGGAAAAUGGCCGACACCAGAAAUGGCUGGGAGAGGGAUGGUCAGGAGUUUGUGGUCCGGCUGCCUGAUCGCUCUCCCGUCCGGGGCCGGAGUCGCGAUGUCUGUGGUCGGCGGAAACGGAGCUUCUCUCGUAGGAGUGGCCAUAUCAGCUUCUCUACUGCCACCGACGGUCAACUGCGGCCUUCUGUGGGGUUUAGGCGCUAUUAAGACGGUCAGAAGCUUAUAUCAAAACACUUACGUCGUAUACGACAUUUUUAAUCACACGGUCAAGCCCGCCCUGCUGCCUCCGGACACGUACACACCAACGUACUACCCUCUGAUGGACCGAGAAUGCGCCGUGUUGGGGAUCAUCAGUUUUCUCCUAACCGUCGUCAACAUUAUCUGCAUCAUCAUUGCGGCUCUCAUUAUUUUGAAGGUAAAAGAAGUAGCCCCAAAUACAACUGAUCAGGCUGUAUCUAGGUUCUGGAAGCAUGACGUCAAGGUUGCCAGAGAUUACAACAAGACUCUUGGCGAAAAUGAAGGAGAAGAUCUCGGAAAACAGUUCCUACAAGAGUGGGCGAAUCUGAACGGAAUCGAUCCUAGCACUUUGACGAAAGAUGACGAAGAAAGCCGACUCACUCAAUUGCAAACGCUGAUGGAUAUAGUGGAGGAUGCUCAAGAUGAUGACGUAUUCAAAUCAAUUUCAAUGGGUACGCCGGGACCAGUUGUAGAUAAAGUGGCUCGUCGACUCAGCGUGGCACCUGGAAUGGGACUCGGGGACGUCGGACCUAUGCGAAGAGCCAGUAUUUCUCAAGGAGGAAUGAAAGCCAAUCCACUUAAGAAAAGGCGACAGAGCAGGCUGCCCAGUCUCAUGGAUGCUGUGAACGAAGACGAGGAAGCACCCGAAGUGUCCAACAUCCCUCGCAAAAGCGUCGUGUACAACCGUCCGUUGCAGAACACAGAGAAUCCUUAUUCCUUGUGGCCUUCCAAGCAGCGCAUCCAAGAAGCCACAAGAUUCAACGUACAACCUGUCGCUGGAGGAGAUGAGGUUCCGACCAUGCCUACCAUCCGUAAUGCCGUUGCACGCAACCGCAGGAGGAGUUGCUUUCCAGGAGGACAACAACCAGGAAGACCGAGCACCGGUGCCCCUCCAACUAACCGGAAAUCGGAAGAGAAAGACCAAGAAACGACGGCCUUCUGAUGAGCAUCAGUUUCAUUUUCGAUUCGUAUAGUUCACAAGUUGUACACACACAGUGUUUGAAUGUUGAUCAUUCUUAUAGCUGCGCGUGGGGGGAUUCCGUGUGCUGAUCCCAAAAAAGAUUUGGAUUGUUUCAGAAAUGUGGGGUCUCGAUGGAAUGAAUCAUCUUAAACUUCCACUACGUCCUGUGGGAAUGUACUUAGAAAUGACAAUUGUGAUUUCAUGGUCAUCUCUAAGACCCCAUACAAUGUAUCAACAUACAUUUUCUGUUUUUGAAAUGUGAUGAACUGAAAAUUUCAAAGAAACAUUUAGUAUGCUUAUAAUAUAUUUAUGUCUCUUGCUUUCCCAUGCAGUUUAAACAAUUUUGAUUAUGUUAGACAGAAACAAAAAAAAAAAGCCUUCUUUCACAACUCAUUUAACUUGUCUGCUAUACUUCACGUGUGGAAAAAUGGAGGACCACUUGAUGUUUUCUCACAUGGUAUACUUAAAAUGACUUUCAAUUUAUAAUAUUUUUCCUCUCUUUAUCGUACAGUAGUUCUGUCACAUUAAUUCAGCUGCCUAUCGUAUAUCCAAAUGUAUGUUUAAACUAUACGCAGAAUCGUUUACUUAUAAAUAAACCUCUUUCAUUUGUUGUGAGAUCUCUUCGUGGAAGAGUUUGAAACUCUUUGAAGUGCACAAGAAAAUUACGCAACGUCUUGAACUUUGAACAAAAUUCAUCAGAAGGGAACGAAAUAAGCAUAAACCUUAUGAGAGUGUCAAAAGCUGAUUCCUUGCUGAUUUUUUGAAAAUUGGUAGGGAAUCAGGAUAAAAAGACAGCUAGUCAAUGGUUUUUUGGCUUUAUGUAUCAUUUCAGAUAGAAAUGUAACACUGCUAAAUUUACGCAAAAGUUAGUUUCAAACUAGCACCUGAUUUUUUUUUUUUUUAAAUUUCGAUUCUACUUUCUUUUAGCUUUCUUCAAGAUUAAAAAUAACUUUAAGCUCUAGUACCGGUUUAGAAAUUCUUUUAAAAAUUUUUACGAUUAAGUGAAUGUUGCCUGUAUAGUUUUGCUCCUAAAUAACUAAACCAUCGCAUUUGUUUAUUUUUCUGAUGCAUUUAAUUGAAUUUUAAAUAAAUUACUUCGUUGAAAAAAAAACAUUCAACGUUUUGGCUUUUUUACAAAAUAUUUUUAAUUUAAAAUAGCUUAUGUUUGGAAUUACUUAUAAGUUACUCGACAUCAAAAUAAAUUUUAAAAAAUAAAAAAUUUCGAUCAAAUGUAACUAUUACUGCAACCAAGAUUGGAAUUAAAUUGGAGAAGGAUCAAACUUUUCUAUCUGUCAUCAUACAGAAGUAAUAUGUACAUUGCAUUUGUUUUUAAAGUAUUGUAGCUAUGCCUCAUCUAUGUAUAUAUUUCAAAAUAUUUAAUUUCAGUAAAUUGUGUAUGUCCUAAAAAUAUUUUCUCUAUUAUUUCAUUGUAUUAGAAUUUCUUUUAAACAAGAAAUAAAGUCCAUUUGUCUUA